AUGGAGGAACUGAAUGACUUGCCCACGCCUCAUCCCCCGGGGAUCCCGCUUCUUAGAGGUACCAGAAAUAAGGGACCUCGGCCAUCUGCUGUGAGGGACCUGGAGGGAGCCUGCCUGUUCCAGCGGCGGGCACCCAUGAACAUCAAGGGCCCAACAAAGUUGGUCGUGGGCAGAGUGAGGUUCUUUGGUCAACACCGCGGGGAGGUCAACUGCUCCGCUUUUUCUCCUGAUGGCAAGACCCUGCUCACAGCCUCUGAUGAUGGUUGUGUGUAUGUUUGGCAGACGAAGAGUAGGCGACUGCUGUGGAGACUGGCAGGCCACAGAGGCCCAGUGAAGUUCUGUCGCUUCUCUCCUGAUGGCCGCCUUGUUGCCAGCUCCUCCUUUGACCGCACCAUCCGCCUGUGGGACGUGGCAAGAUCCAAGUGUCUACAUGUGCUGAAAGGUCACCAGCGGAGCGUGGAGACAGUCAGCUUCAGCCCUGACUCAAAGCAGCUGGCAUCGGGUGGCUGGGACAAGAAGGUGAUUCUCUGGGAGGUGAAGUCUGGCCACAGUGUGCGCCUCUUGGCCGGGCAUCGUGAUUCCGUACAGAGCAGCGACUUCUCCCCUACUGCAGACUCUUUGGCCACUGGUUCCUGGGACUCAACUAUGCACAUCUGGGACCUGCGGGUGGGAAGUCCCAUUGUCUCUUACAAGGAGUUGGACGGCCACAAAGGCAACAUCAGCUGCCUGUGCUACUCAGCAUCUGGCCUCUUGGCAUCUGGCUCCUGGGACAAGACCAUCCGCAUCUGGAGGCCCACAACCAGCAGCCUGCUUUUCCAGCUCAAGGGCCAUACCACCUGGGUGAAGAGUCUAGCCUUUUCUCCUGAUGAGCUAAGGCUGGCCAGUGGCGGUUACUCCCGCACAGUCAAAGUCUGGGACUGCAACACAGGAGAAUGCCUGGAGACCCUAAAGGGCUUGAUGGAUGUGGCCCACGCCUGUGUUUUCACCCCAGAUGGCAAACUCUUAGUGUCAGGGGCUGCUGAUGCGACAAGAUGACAAGUCUCCUGCUCAAAGUCUCAAGAUGCUCUUCCCUGUAGCUUACCACAGGCCUAGAGUAACAAGAAAGCAGCCACUGAUCUCUACUAGAGGGACUACCCUAUCCUGCCCCAUGACA